UAGCGCCGCGCGCUCAUUGCAAGUUUAUCCGUGAGUGACCCGCACACUGCCGGUAAAAUUACGAAAGUUAACAAUCUCGACUGUUGGCCCUUGAAACGAAAAGUUGGUAUUCUAGUGAAUUUCAGUGACUUUUUUAUUUGUGCUGCGGUGGAAUUCCAGUGAAAAUGGAGAUCAUAAAUAGGAUAGUGGAUGGAUACCAUGAUGUGAUGGAUAAUCAGAGUGACCCCAGGACAAAGGACUGGUUCCUAAUGUCCUCGCCAUUUCCCACGCUUGCCAUCUGCCUCACAUAUGUUUUCACAGUGAAAGUUUUGGGUCCAAAACUCAUGGAAAACAGAAAACCUUUCGAACUAAAGAACGUACUUAUAUGGUACAACUUGUUCCAAGUUAUAUUUAGCUGCUGGCUCUUCCAUGAGAGCAUUGCAAGCGGCUGGUUCACCACAUACAGUUUUAGAUGCCAACCUGUUGACUACUCGAGGAAUCCACAUGCUAUGCGGAUAGCUAAUGGCUGCUGGUGGUACUAUAUUUCAAAGUUCACGGAAUUCUUCGAUACAAUCUUCUUCGUGAUGCGGAAGAAGUUUGACCACGUGUCGAAGCUUCACGUCAUUCACCAUGGCAUUAUGCCGAUGUCCGUGUGGUUCGGAGUCAAGUUCACGCCAGGUGGCCACUCAACCUUCUUCGGUAUGCUGAAUACCUUCGUCCACAUAGUGAUGUACUCCUACUACCUGCUUGCUGCUCUAGGACCGAAAGUGCAGAAGUAUCUGUGGUGGAAGAAAUACCUCACAGCGUUACAAAUGGUUCAAUUUGUAUUGGUGUUUUUCCACGCGUUCCAACUUCUCUUCAUCGACUGCGAUUACCCUCGGGCCUUCGUCUGGUGGAUCGGCAUGCACGCUGUUCUCUUCUACUACCUGUUCUCUGACUUCUACAAGCAAGCCUACAUCAAGAAGGCAAAGAGCAUGAAGUUGAAAGAAAAAGUUGAAGUGGAAUCAUCGAAGGUUGAGCCUAAGGAGAGGAAGCUGUCCAUCCUGAAUGGUUUCAGCAAUGGAUCAGCUCUUGGUGACGUGCGACAGAGGAUGGCAGGAGCGGUGGCCUCGCAGUGAUGUCAGACUUAUGUGUGCCAUGGUUUUGGUGACAGAACUCGAGAACCUUAGUGUACGUGUCAAUUGUAAUUAGACGGACAAAGUGCAAAAGUGAAUCUCAAAAGCUCAAUUAGUUAAAAGUGUUAGAUGUAGUUUAGUAUAAUACAAGGCUAUUAUAGUGCUGGGAAAUGUUGGACUGACUACAAUAGAGAUGACCUUCAUCAUCAAUUAACAGUCUUUUGUCUUACGGCACACUACAGGGUUAGACCUCCUUUCGUAUAGCAGAGGGAAUAUGGACCCACUACAGUCCUCCAAUUCGAGUGAUAAUGUAAAAUUCUUUAACCACCACUAUCAGAUGUUAAUGAUCAUGACCAGGCAGGAAAUUCUUUAACGAUGUUUUGUGUAACUCGCAAGUGCGAGUUUCGAUUUCACCUUUAUCUCUCUCUGUCUAACACGAUACUAUAGAAAGGGAUACUAUAGCGAGUUAUAAAAAUAUUGUUACAAAAUAGCUAGCUAGGCUAGUUACACUUCAGAGAGCAUGCUAAGCUGUCAGUCUCGGUAAUUAUCAUUAACAUCUGAUAGUGAUCGUCAAACCGCAUUGAAGCAGCAUGGUGGGUUUAAACUCUAAAAUCAUCUCCUAUGAGUAUUAGGAGCGAAGCCUGGUUUCUGUAUAAGGCCAUUAAAAUAGGCUGAAUAAAUAAAAAAUAUAAGAAUGAGAACCACGUAAAAUGAUGAACCAUUUCAAAUUCUAUAUUUUAGUCAGUUCCAAGACUUUCCAGAUAAUAAUCGACAGAAUUGAUGUCCAUUUAUGAGCCGUGAUACAUUAUUUAUUAAGUGUUUGUGGUCUAGAGCCUGUAGUGACCAGACCUUUGAUCUUUAAUAAAACCUGAAAGUUUGUUCUCCAUUGCGCAAAAACUGGCAAGCCCUUCUGUCACCAGUCGAGGCAACUAGCCACGGUGAAAUAAUUCGGAGAAUUUUUUUGGCACUGCAACCCCAUGUAUAGCCCAAGGGUCUCCGCGACAAAAGGAACGUGACCCCAUGGGUACAUUUUUAUCACCGGCUGUUUGCUACUUCCCAAAACCAUAUAACCCAAAGCUCAUAUUGCCUACCAAUUUCACCUAAGGUACGAGCGUAGUCUGACAAACUUUCACCUUUUAUAAAAUUACGGAGGUCUGACUACGACAGUUUCUCGCUCUAUUAGUUAUGACUUCGUAUUGCUGUCAAAAUGACAAGGUAUUCAUCGUAGAUCUUACGACUAUUUUUAUAUUUUUAUACUAAAGGAAGCCCGCAACUUCUUUUGUGUGAAAUUGAGUUCUUCACAAAUACCGGGAGAACCAUGACUUUUUCGGGAUAAUAAUGAAAGAACCAUGAAUUUUCCUGUGUUGCAAUCCAGGGUGGGAUGAUAAAUUCCAUUCAAAAUUUCAUCUAAAUCCAUUUAGUAGUUUUUGCGCAAAAAAGUAACAAUCAUCUUUACAAACUUUUGCGUUUAUGAUAUUAUUAGGACAUUGCCUAUUGUGUGUUUUAAAGUAAUUAAAACUUGUAGCAUGUACAUUAGGUAAUUUGUAAAUAGAAACUAUAAUUACUAUAAAACUAUAAUUAUAUAUGUAUAUCUGAAUAUUUUAAUAUUAGUAGGUAUCUAUAGGUACAGCUGGCCUAUUCACUAACUUGGUAUUUGUUAACAACCUAUUAAAAUAAACAUCAAACCAACUCAGUGAUGAAAUGUCAUCAUCUACCGAGUGUAUGAUAUCAUUAUGUUGGCAUUAGUUACAUAGAAUCUCAAUUUCAUUUAUGUCAACUAACAUACGUCAAAGUUAGUGAAUUAGCUUGCUGGACUUUCCAAAAUCUUAAUCACUGUUACAACUUAAAAGGAUUCUUCAUAAAGAACGCUAAGCCAAAAAUAAAAUUUUAAUACCGAAUGUUUAUAGAAUAUAUACAAUUUGUUCUUAUAUGUAUAUUUCUUUUGCCUUUUAUAAAGAGCGAAUAUAUUAAUUUAGUACAAUUUAAUUGAUAUUAUGUACCUUUUAAAAUCGAAUUAUGUAAGUUCUUCACAAUAUACGGGACUUGAAUAAA